ACACACACACACUCACACACACACUCACACACACACCCACACACACAGAGUGAGCGGAGCUGCGAUCCUGAACCUCACCUGAGCUCCGUCCGUCUUCAGGUAGGAACCUGAUCCAGAGUCUGUUGGUGAUCAGCUGAUCCAGGUCUUCAUCCUGUCAGGGUCUGUAGCAGGAGCAUGAGGAGGGGGGGGUCAGAUGGAGGACAGCACCACCCUCAUCGUCAUGGAAACCAAGCAGGAGAACAGCUAUGGCAGCAUCACCAUGAGUGCACCUGUUCAACCUCCAGACCGGAAUGUGUUCAGCGACAGAGCGACUCGAGUCGAUUACGUGUUGGUGUGGGAGGAGCCUCGGAGCUCCCAGAAUGAGCAGAGUGUCGGUGUUAAUCCCGCCCACCGGAAGUGGAGGGAGGAGUAUCUGAGGAAACUGAAACUCUGUGGUCUGCUGCAGGAGCAGAAGACAGUCCUUCAGACAAAGACAAGGAUUUGUUUCGUCCUCCUCAGCGCUCCAUGGAGCGUCCUCUGUUAUUACGCCGAGGACAUCAGCCUGAGAGUCCCUCUGCAGGUGGUCAACUCCCCAAACAUGUCCUGGUCUGAGCAGGUUCUGUCCUUGUUGUCCCUCCCCAACCCUCUGUCCCAGGAUGUCCCCAAUCCCCCACUGUGCUACUACACCUGUCAGUUCAGGCCCAACAAGCUGCCGAGGUUUCUGGGAAGCGACCACAAAGAGACGUUCUUCAAGACGACUCAGAGACACCAGGUGCUGUAUGAGAUUCUGGCCCGGACUCCGUACGGUUCCGUGAACAAGGGGCAGGUGGGAAUCGACCGCCUGCUGAGCGAGCAGGUGUUCACGGCGGCGUACCCGCUGCACGAGGGGGCGUUCCAGCUGCCGGCCCCCCCGCUGCCUCCCCAGUCCUCCAGCCUCAGACAGAUCCUGUACUCGCACUGGGCCCGCUGGUCCUGCUGGAGGCGCUACCAGCCUCUGGACCACAUCAGGGACUACUUCGGAGAGAAGAUCGCACUGUACUUCGCCUGGCUCGGUUUCUACACUGCCUGGCUGUUACCGGCGUCUCUACUGGGGACACUGGUCUUCAUGGUGGGGAUCUGUCUGAUGGUCACUGAUGUCCCAGCGAAGGAGGUGUGUGACAGUGGAGACGACUUCGUCAUGUGUCCGACUUGUAACAUCUGCUCCUUCUGGAACUACUCCAGCAUCUGUGUCACCUACAAGGCAGGUAUCCUGUUUGAUAAUGGAGGGACGGUGUUUCUCAGCGUCUUCAUGUCCCUGUGGGCCGUCACCUUCCUGGAGUACUGGAAGAGAAGCUGCUCGUCUCUGUCUCAUCGAUGGAACUGCUCCGACUUCGAGGAAAACGAGGAGCGACCUCGUCCAGAGUUCACCGCCAUGGCACCGAUGACCAUGAGGAACCCGGUGACGGGCGCAGAGGAACCUUAUUUUCCUGAAAACAAACGAUUCAACAGAACGUUGAGCGGCUGCAUGGUCAUCAUCAUCAUGAUUGUGUUGGUGCUGAUGUGCCUCAUCGCCAUCAUUUUGUGCCGCAGCAUCCUCAGCAUCCUCAUCUACAAGUCCAGCAACAGCUUCUUCAGCUUGUCUGCUGGGAGAAUAGCCAGUAUUACAUCGUCAGUGUUGAACCUGUUGGUCAUCCUCAUGUUGUCCAGGGUUUACACGGCUCUGGCCCACAUGCUCACCCGCUGGGAAAUGCAUCGCACUCAGAGUAAAUACGAAGACAUGUUCAUCCUCAAAGUUUUCAUCUUCCAGUUUGUCAACUUCUACUCGUCUCCGGUUUACAUCGCCUUCUUCAAAGGCAGGUUUGUUGGUUACCCUGGAAACUACAACACUCUGUUUGGAGUUCGUAAUGAAGAUUGUGGAGCAGGAGGCUGUCUGGUUGAACUGGCUCAAGAGCUGCUGGUGAUCAUGGUCGGAAAACAGCUGAUAAAUAACAUCCAGGAGUUCAUCAUCCCGAAGUUAAAGUCCUGGUGGCAGAAGAGGAGGAUGAGUCCAGUGCAGAGGGAGGUGAAGGAAGAUGGAGGAGAGGAGGCUCAGUGGGAACAGCACCAGCAGGGGGAGCUCCCUCCCUGGGAGGCCGACUACCAGCUCCUGGUGUGUGAAGGUCUCCUCAGCGAGUACCUGGAGAUGGUGAUUCAGUUUGGGUUCAUCACCAUCUUUGUGGCGGCAUGUCCUCUCGCUCCUUUGUUCGCGCUCAUUAAUAACUGGGUGGAGAUUCGAUUGGAUGCCCAGAAGUUUGUUACUGAAUAUCGCCGCCCUGUGGUGGAGCAAGCUCAGGACAUCGGCAUCUGGUUACCCAUCAUGCAGUUCAUCACACACACAGCUGUCCUCAGCAACGCGAUCCUCAUAGCGUUCACCUCGUCCUUCCUGCCUCGUCUGUACUAUCGCUACAGCAGAGACAGCUCCCUGAGCGGCUUCGUCAACUUCACAUUGGCAACGUCCCACAACUACACCCUGCAAGGCAAGAGCACCUCCUGCAGGUAUCAGGGUUUCAGGGAUGAACAGGGUCAAUACCUGCCACAUUUCUUUCACCUCCUCGCUAUACAACUGGCUUUCGUUAUCAUCUUUGAGCAUGUGGUCUUCUUCAUUGGUCGUCUGAUCGACAUGAUGGUUCCUGACGUCCCUGAGGAGGUGGAGAUAAAGAUUAAGAGGGAGCACUACAUGGCUAAAAGGGCACUGGCUGAGAACCGGACUGUGACGGACACCAUGUUUCCUGGUGAACAAGACCCUCUGUCCCGCAGUCUGAGACAGCGUGGAUCUAGACCCUCGCAGCCAAUACAGGAUGAGUCCCCACCACCGAACUUGAAGAAGAUCCCAGAGGAAACGGACUCACGAGGCAGCUGCUGAGAUGAAGCAGUGUCCUGGAUGUCUUCCUAUUAUCUUACCAUCCACUUUGAAAUGACUGAGCUUCUCCUUCUGAUUGACCUUCAUGACAAAACCUCUGUGUGACUUCCACAAGUUCAACAAGAACCGUGUUAAAUCCUCAAAGGUCCUUCAAGAACUUUGCAGGACCUAGAAGAUAGAGAAGAUGUAGAGCUACAAGGCCAUUAUUGGAUCUACAGUUGCAAUCAGAAUUAUUCAACCCCCUCACCUCAAAAUACAUUAUAGUGAUGUUGAUGACAGAUAAUGACAAUAUAUGACAAAAAACCUCAUUAAACAACAAAAGAUAUUUAUGAUACAUAUUUGAGUUAUUUUGACAACAGAAGAUGACUUAACUUUGAAGUUCAAAUGGAAAAUGUAACACGUGUGCAUGUUCAGUAUUAUUCAGCCCCCCAGCUUCAGGACUUUGAGGAGCAUCCUCUAGCUUUUAUAACUUCUAACAAACGUUUUCUGUAAGUGUGGACAAGCUUCUCACACCUCUCGAUCAGAAUCUUUGCCCAUUUUUCACAUGCAAAAGCCUCAAGCUCAGUGAGGCAAAUGAUGGAUCUUUAUAGAGUUCCUAAAGGCUUAAUUAUGUUUCAACUCCACUUUAGGCCAUAAAAACUUUAGAUCAGCUUUAAAAACAAAAAUAUUAUAUCGGGGUUGAAUAAUUGUGACAUGGCUAUCUUAGCAAAAUAUACUGUUACACACAAAUACUACAUCAUGUAUUUUCUGUGUUGAUUUCAUGUAUCACUCAACUCUGAAGUCAUCUGAAGCAGAAUCUUGAUCUUUGAAAAAACUGUAAUUGAUAAAUCCUUAAAAUCUUUGGGGGGUUGAAUAUUUCUGCUUGCAACCUCUGCUCGACUUUAACUAGACCUGCAAGACUCCUAAUUGUCUACUAAAUCAACAUGUGUUGUAAUGAACCUCUACACAUCCUACGAGAGAAAGGGCAAAUAGGACCUAAAUGUAUGUGACAGCUGUGCUAAAGCUAAAUGAAGUCAGUUAACUUGAAGGAGAUCUCCAUAUCACAUCCGCAAGACCUCUGCUCGACAUCUACAGGAACAACAAGAGGAUCAGUCCUUGUCCUUUAAGAACUCCAUAAGAGGCUCACGCAAGAUGUUUCCAGGUUCUCUGCAAGACCUUCAACACAUUUGUUAGAGCAUCACACAAUCUAAGAGUCCUCUGUUAUAUCUGUACAAAUUCUUCAGGAUCUCUCAUAAAAUUACUACAAGAACUACUCUGCAGGAGCAAAAACUCGGUCCUUUCAGAGACUACCUCCUUGUUAUAAUGCUCACAAGUGCAUUUGAAAACUUCCCUUUUAAAAAUGUUUCUCUUUCUCAUUUUACUGUUCCAGAUCUCUCUUCUUUGUUGUGUCAGAGAGGGAUUCUGUUUCUUGGCUACAAAAGCGAAUCCUCUUUUCAAUAAAGCAUUAUUUCCCUAUUUUUUCUUACCCAGAACAUGUUGUUUUAGAACCCUAACCCUAGUGUAUGAAGUAGUUAUUAAUUAUAUUUUGAGCAACUUGUUUUUAUUAUCUUUUGCCUCCACUUGAUGAUCCUGCUGAUAUGACAGUCUUGGAUCACUUUGUACACUAUGUUCCUCUCCGUGGAAGAUAUAACCAAACUGCAGUCUGGCUUUAACUUGUCCAUGAAAAGUCUCUUACAUGCAAGUUAUGAUCAAGUCAGUGUAUGCACAUAACCUUUGUAUGUUUCACAUUCAACAUCUUAACUGCUAACUCAUCCUACUGUUUUUAAUGUAUUGCAUAGUUUCAUGCUGUUUUACUAUAAAUUUAUAUUUAAUAGUAUUCUUCAAUUGUUAUUAAGAGUUUUCUUUCUUGUUGAAAUGCCUGUAUGGUCUUUUCUCAGCAAGUACUGAAUAAAAUGUGUCAUGUUAUCCAUAAUU